AUGAGGGGGCUCUAUGACUUUAAGAAGGACAUAGUCGUCGUAGUAACGAGAAUCACACCCAAUCUAAUCGACUUUUUGCAAGAUGACUUCAAUUUCGAGUUGACAUUGAGAUUGGUGAAUGAUCUCAAACUACAGACUAAGAUUCGACAGCUUAAGCCACAACUUAGGUAUAAACAAUUGAUCUCCGUAUUGUUUACCAGAUUUACCUUGAACAGGGCCUUGGAAAAUUCAUUGUCUCAAGAUAUAUCUUACAAAUAUAACAGCUAUGGGAAACCUAGCAUUCACGGGCUUGCAUUCAAUACUUCAUCAUCCAAUGAUAUCCUUGCCGUUGUGCUUCAUUCGUCACCGGUUGGAAUCGAUUUGUCACAUUCCAUGCAAAAUGUGUCCCUGGAGAAUUACCUAAAGCAGUUUGAGCCUAUUUUCCACAAGGCUGAAUUGACUCAAGUUGACUCAUAUUUCAAAUUUAAUCAUUUUUGGACUUUGAAAGAGGCAUUCACCAAGUUGAUUGGAUGUGGAUUGAACGUGGAAUUGUCUGAUUUUUAUUUCACUUUGAGUGUCGAUGAUGAAUUCAAUGAAGAUGAUUACUGUUUAUGUAAAUGUUCGAAUAGCGAUGAAGAUUCUAGUGUUGUUGAUGUGAGAUGGUAUGACAAAAUUACAACCAACACUGACAAGUUGUUUGAAGAUAAAAAUGAGUUUGUUGAAGGACUUGCCAAUGAGUUCUACUGUUACAGCACUGUCAUUGAUAAAGCAUACGGGGAUCGGUUGCCUGUUAUUUGCUCUGUUGCCACACAACAGCGAACUGCAAAGAUAAAAACUUACGAGGUUAACUUUUUGACUUUAUUGGAACGACAAAUGCAAAACUGGUGA